AUGCCUCCGCGCGCGCCGCGGUCCCGGCUGUCGCCCCGGGCUGCAGUCUCUGCCUCCGCGGGUUCAGAGGGCGCUGGGGCCGCGCGAGGCCCUGGUGGGGCCCGCUUCCUGCUGGCGCCGAGCGCCCGGCGCUGGCUGCUGCUGCUCUCGCUGUCCGUCGCCUGCUCCGCGCUGCCGCCGCCGCGCCCCGUCUACACCAACCACUGGGCAGUGCAAGUGCUGGGCGGCACGGCGGCGGCGGACCGCGUGGCCGCGGCGCAUGGCUACCUCAACUUGGGCCAGAUUGGAAACCUGGAAAAUUACUACCAUUUCUAUCACAGCAAGACAUUUAAAAGAUCAACCUUAAACAGCAGAGGCCCCCAUACUUUCCUCAGGAUGGACCCACAGGUGAAAUGGCUCCAACAGCAGGAAGUUAAACGCAGGGUGAAGAGACAGGCUCGGAGCGACCCGCAGGCUCUUUAUUUCAAUGAUCCCAUUUGGUCCAACAUGUGGUAUAUGCAUUGUGGUGACAAGAACAGUCGCUGCCGGUCAGAGAUGAAUGUCCAAGCUGCGUGGAAGAGGGGCUACACGGGGAAGAAUGUGGUGGUCACUAUCCUGGAUGACGGCAUAGAGAGAAACCACCCCGACCUGGCCCCAAACUACGAUUCCUACGCAAGCUAUGAUGUCAAUGGAAAUGAUUACGAUCCAUCUCCACGUUAUGAUGCCAGCAACGAAAAUAAACAUGGCACUCGGUGUGCAGGAGAAGUGGCCGCCUCAGCCAACAAUUCGUACUGCAUUGUGGGCAUCGCGUACAAUGCAAAAAUAGGAGGCAUCCGUAUGUUGGAUGGUGACGUGACUGACGUCGUAGAAGCAAAGUCGCUCGGCAUCCGACCCAACUACAUCGAUAUCUACAGUGCAAGCUGGGGGCCAGACGAUGAUGGGAAGACAGUGGAUGGGCCUGGACGGCUAGCCAAGCAAGCCUUCGAAUAUGGCAUUAAAAAGGGCCGACAGGGCCUGGGCUCCAUUUUCGUCUGGGCCUCUGGAAACGGUGGGAGAGAAGGUGACUACUGCGCCUGUGACGGCUACACCAACAGCAUCUACACCAUCUCUGUCAGCAGCACCACUGAGAAUGGCUACAAGCCCUGGUACCUGGAGGAGUGUGCGUCCACGCUGGCCACCACCUACAGCAGCGGUGCCUUUUACGAGCGGAAAAUAGUCACCACGGACCUGCGUCAGCGCUGCACCGAUGGCCACACAGGGACCUCAGUCUCAGCCCCCAUGGUGGCGGGCAUCAUCGCCUUGGCUUUAGAAGCAAACAACCAGUUAACCUGGAGAGACGUCCAGCACCUACUGGUGAAGACAUCCAGGCCAGCCCACCUGAAGGCAAACGACUGGAAAGUCAACGGCGCUGGUCACAAAGUUAGCCAUCUGUAUGGCUUUGGCUUGGUGGAUGCAGAAGCUCUUGUGAUGGAAGCGAAGAAAUGGAAAGCUGUCCCCUCCCAGCACAAAUGCCUCGCCGCGGUGGACAGGAGGCCCAGGAGCAUCCCAGUGGUGCAGCUGCUACGGACCACCACACGGACCAGCGCCUGUGCGGAUCACUCAGACCAGCGUGUGGUGUACCUGGAACAUGUAGUGGCUCAGAUCUCCCUGUCACACCCUCGCCGAGGAGACCUUCAGAUCCACCUCAUCUCCCCUGCAGGAACCAAGUCCCAACUUUUGGCAAAAAGACUGCUGGAUCAUUCCAAUGAAGGCUUUACAAACUGGGAAUUCAUGACUGUCCACUGCUGGGGAGAAAAGGCCGAGGGGGAAUGGACCAUAGAAAUCCAAGACAUGCCAUCCCAGGUCCGCAAUCCGGAGAAGCAAGGGAAGUUAAAGGAAUGGAGUCUGAUUUUGUAUGGCACAGCUGAGCACCCAUACAACACCUUCAGUUCCCACCAGUCACGCUCACGGAUGCUAGAGCUAGCCAGCCCAGAGCUGGAGCCAUCCAAGGUAGCUGUGCUCCCAGGCCAGGCCGAGGUCCCCGAGGAGGAGGAAGAGUACACAGCUUCUCCCAUCCCAGGCUCUCCUAGUAUUUUACAGAUGAGUGUGUGCCAUCCAGAGUGUGGUGACAAAGGCUGCGAUGGUCCCAAUGCAGACCAGUGCCUGAACUGUGUGCACUUCAGCCUGGGCAACUCCAAAACCGGCAGGAAGUGUGUGAGCAACUGUCCCUUGGGCUACUUCGGGGACACAGCAGCAAGGCGCUGUCGCAGGUGUUACAAGGGCUGUGAGUCCUGUUCUGGGAGAGCCCCCACCCAGUGCCUAUCCUGCCGCAGCGGGUUCUACCACCAUCAGGAGAUGAGUACCUGCGUAAUGCUAUGUCCUGUAGGUUUCUACGCAGAGGAAGCUCAGAAAAACUGCCUUAAAUGCCACCCAAGCUGUAAAAAGUGCAUUGAUGAGCCAGAGAAAUGUACCGUCUGCAAAGAAGGAUUCAGCCUUUUGCGGGGCAGCUGCAUUCCAGACUGUGAGCCAGGCACUUACUUUGACUCGGAGCUGACCCAAUGCAGGGAGUGCCACCCCACCUGCCAGACCUGUGUUGGGCCUGGCAGAGAAGAAUGCAUUCACUGUGCAAAAGCCUUCCACUUCCACGACUGGAAGUGUGUCCCGGCCUGUGGUGAGGGCUUCUACCCAGAGCAGAUGCCAGGCCUGCCCCACAAAGUGUGUCGAAGGUGUGACGAGAACUGUCUGAACUGUGAAGGUUCCAGCAGGCAUUGCAGCAAGUGUAAGCCAGGCUUCACACAGCUGGGGACGUCGUGUAUCACCAACCACACAUGCAGCAAUGCCGAUGAGACAUUCUGUGAGAUGGUGAAGUCGAACCGGCUCUGUGAGCGGAAGCUCUUCAUUCAGUUCUGCUGCCGGACGUGCCUCCUGGCUGGGUAG